AUGGAUUGCAAUGCAUCCGAAGACGAUGGCAACAUCCGAAAGAUUAGAUCUGUUUCAGGGUCCGAUUCGCUUGAAUCCGAUAGCCUUCAUGCGUUUCGGCAAUGCAACAACGACCCAGAUGCCGCCCUAAAUUUCGACCGUGAUGCCCCUCCGGUAACGGUUAAACGGACCAUUACAAGUACUGGAGCCAGGAUUCUUACUCAGAUUAAGCAAGAGAAGUCUGACGAAGUGGAAGGAGCGGAGUUCCUUCAUGGGUUGAAAACGAAGAUCAAAGUAAAAGAAGAACCCGAUUUGAAUGUUGACGGGAUUUUUGAAAAGGAGGUGGGUUCAAACCCGCCCCAGGUGGAUCGGCCUUGGGCGUUGGUGCCUCAUAAGGAAAUCAUGAAAAUGUCCUUCGAUGAGUUCCUUCGAGCUACGGGUGCCCACGUUGAACGAAAGGACCUUGAACGAUCAGAAGAGGCUCAAGGGCAUCAUGGGUUGAAGGACAAGAUCAAAGUAAAGGAAGAACUUGAUGUGGGGUUACUCGGUUCAGAUAGCAUUCGAUCAUUGGUCAAAAGACCGCCUAAUGGAUUUCUCGAAUCCUAUGAUGAUUUUGUCAAGCCAAAACGUACCAAAGAUGAACAUCGCAAAGAAAACUCACAAUGGCAUCCUGGGUUAAAGGAGAAGAUCCAAAUAAAGGAAGAACUUGAUGCGACGUUACUGGGUUCGGAUUCUGCCAGAAAUGAGAACUCAGGAAUGCGGGUGAUAGCUUUGUCCAAUCAAGGAACGGAAAAGUUAUAUCUGAUGGCAACGGCCGCAAUACUCAAAGUGUUCCUUAUCACAAUCCUCAGAAACCCUUUAAUAAGAACCAGAUUGGUUUUUGGUGGGGAGGACCCCAUUAUAGGUCUUUCCACCACCAAAGGGAGGAAAUUGGUAGACAAUGAGAUAGUCCAUUUUUCUUUUCCUUCUGCUGAUUUGAGAAAUAAAUGUAACUCAAAAUGGGUUGCGAAGGCUGCUUCUGCAGCGUCUGCUAUAGUUCGCUUCUCAACCAAACGUUCUGGAGAGGUUGGUAGGCUGCCAAUGGAGUGGACAAAGUGCAUUAUUCCACUGGUAAAUUCUUCAAAGGUUAAGGUACUUGGUCGAUGUGUAGCUGCACCAAUAAUUCUUCGAUUGAUGCAAGAAAUAGUGUUGUAUGUUAGCUUUUAUAUUCACCAGUCAGUCUUCACUGAGGGGAAUAAGUCUUCAUGGAGGCUAGAUGCGGCCCCAAACAUUGACUCCACAGUUUACCCUCUCCCAACUCUGUUCAAACUGCUGAAAAUUAAACCAUUUCAGGAGGCUGAAUUCACCCCAGAGGAACUUGAUUCAAGGAAACGUAAACUAAAUCUAGAGGGUGAUACAGAUGAAGCUCCAUCAAUGUUGCCUAUAGUGAAACAAAAAAAGGGGUGCCAACAGUAUCCUGAACAAAACCAUGAUGAACAGGCUAUCUCAGAAUCAUCUCUAAAUAAGCUUGUUGGGGCUGCAGAUCAAUAUAACUUGGAGGAGAUGGAGUCCCCAAGUACACUCAUGUGUGAUUUAAGGCCCUAUCAGAAACAAGCUCUCUACUGGAUGUCUGAGUUGGAGAAGGGAAGUAUUGCUGAGCAAGCACCAAAAACUCUUCAUCCAUGCUGGGCUGCCUAUCAAAUAUGUGAUGAGAGGGCUUCUGCAAUCUAUGUGAACAUCUUCUCAGGAGAAGCAACUACACAACUACCCACAGCAAUACAUAUGGCAAGAGGAGGAAUUUUAGCAGAUGCAAUGGGGCUAGGGAAGACUGUGAUGACAAUUGCCCUAAUACUGGCAAGGCCAGGCAGGAGAAGCUCUGGUGUCCAUAAACUCCUCACUGAAGCUGCAGAUGAUACUGAAGAAGCAGAGAAAAAUACUGACUCUCACACAAAGGCCCCAUUAAAAGUAAAAGGUGGAACUCUUAUUGUUUGUCCCAUGGCCUUGUUAAGUCAGUGGAAGGAUGAGCUGGAAACACAUUCAAAGCCAGAAAGUAUUUCUAUUUUUAUCCAUUAUGGUGGAGACAGAACCAAUGACCCCAAGGUGAUAUCAGAACAUGAUGACCUCAUGUACUCCUUCACUUGA